UUGGCAAAACAUGUAAACUGCCCACUUAAAUCUAAUAGGCGGUCAUGGCUGAGGAAACUGUUAUUCUUAUUUUAUUAGUUUUGGUUAUGCUCAUUGGGUCAUACUUGGCCGGGAGCAUACCGAUGUUGAUGAAAUUAAGUGAGGAAAAGCUAAAAUGUGUCACUGUGCUUGGAGCUGGCUUAUUAGUGGGUACUGCAUUAGCCGUUAUUAUACCCGAAGGUAUUCGUUCGCUCUAUAUGAGUAGUGGGCGCGAACAACUGACACCUGGCCCGGAGCUUCAAGAUUACUCACAGACUAUUGGACUUUCUCUUGUGCUUGGUUUUGUCUUCAUGAUGUUGGUGGACGUAUCGCAACGAAAGAGCAAUACUGGAGGUGACAAAAAAAAUAGUGCCACACUUACUCUUGGAUUGGUGGUUCAUGCUGCUGCUGACGGAGUAGCUUUGGGAGCAGCAGCCACUACCAGUCAUCAGGAUGUCGAGAUAAUUGUAUUUUUAGCUAUAAUGCUUCAUAAGGCUCCCGCAGCAUUUGGGUUAGUCACUUUCCUAUUGCAUGAGAAAGUUGACAGGCAGUCAAUUCGGCGACAUCUAGCCGUGUUUUCCUUAUCAGCACCCCUUUUAACUAUUCUGACAUAUUUUGGAAUUGGCCAAGAACAAAAGGAAACGUUAAAUUCAGUAAAUGCCACAGGAAUAGCUAUGUUGUUUUCAGCCGGAACAUUUUUGUACGUUGCCACAGUGCAUGUUCUGCCAGAACUCACUCAGGGGGGAAUUUCACAGAUCGAUCAGCAUGAUUAUCGUUUAUUAGAGGAAUCUCGGGAUAUUGCUACGAAUGACAUAAUUGCCGGCAACAGUAUACAAUCGUUAAAAUAUAGUGAAUUGGUAAUUAUGAUUUGUGGGGCGCUGCUGCCACUCAUCAUAACAUUUGGACAUAAGCAUUAGGAUAAGCAUACCUACAUUCCAGAUAAAAAGUGUUAAAGUUAAGGGAUAAUAUGCAAUAAAUUUUGUGUUUAAGCUGUAAAAAAUUAAUAUAAUAAAAUAACAUUUCAUUGAUACUUUAAAAUGUGACGCGCAUCUGCAACACUGUUGCGGACAAUGUGUUUACAAUUUUAAAAUUAAAUUGAUAAAAUUUUGUGUCGACCGAUUAACUAUGAUAAAUGUA